AUGGAGCGGUGGCGAGGGAGAACUGUUCUGAUAACUGGAGCCUCCUCGGCGGUAGGAGCGGCCGUCGCCUGCAAGCUCGUGUACCACGGCAUGAAGGUCAUCGGCAGCGGAAGAAAUGUCAAGAAGAUUCUGGCACUCUCCAAUCAGCUAAAGGAAGAAGAUGGUAUGUCGUUUAUCCAAGGAGGUUCGCUCUUCCCUCUGAAGUGUGACAUAUCGAAGGAGGAAAAUAUCAUCAAGAUGUUCCAGAUUAUAAUGGAACUGUAUGGUGGCGUUGAUGUCUGUAUUCAUUGCGCAUGCGCCAAAAUGGAUGCCAGCAUCCUGCAAGGCAAUGCUGCGGAGCUGAAACGCAUGUUAGAGAUUAACGUUCAGGCAAGCAGCAUCAUAAGCCGAGAAGUUGUAAAAUCACUUGCGAGUCGUGGGGUUGAUGAUGGACACAUUUUCUAUAUCAACAGUACAGCCAGCCAUUUGGUGCCUGAAGACCCAGGUGUCCAUGUCCUAUCAAUGACGCAGCAUGCCUGCCUCGCCCAGGCAGAGGCCCUCAGACUGGAACUGAGGCAGAUGAGGUCCAGGAUCAGAACAACGACCAUAUGCCCAGGGAAAACUAAAAAUGAUUAUGUACGUCGCGAUGGACGCUCUUAUCAACAAAAUGGAGAGAUUAUCGUGGAUGCAUUUCAGGUAAAGCAGUAG